AUGGCUGCCUGGAUGCAGCAGCCAAUUGCCUUUCCUCCCAUUAUCUCCGAAGAAAUCAAAGACGGACCAAUCAUCGUAUCUGCAGUAAUCGCCGGUCACAAGGUCCGGAGAGUUUAUGUCGAUAGCGGAAGUGCUACAGAGAUUAUGUAUCAACAGUGUUUUCAAGAGUUAGCUCUGCAAACCAAAGCGAAACUAAUACGGGUCUCCAUGCCUCUAGUAAGCUUCUCCGGAAAAAUUGUACAGCCCAUCGGGCAAAUCACUUUGCCUACCACAAUGGGGGAGGGAAGCAUGGUCCUAACCGUUAAUUUGACAUACCUAGUGGUAGGUGCAAGGUCCGUUCACAACGUCAUACUUGGGAGACCGGGCAUGUGCGCUUUUGGUAUCAUCAGCUCCACCAUUCACGGCUCUCUAAAGUUCCCCACCGAAGCGGGGAUCGCAACACUGCACUCUGAGUCAACGAUCUGCGUAGGAGAGGUGCGACAAAGUAAAAUCGACGUUCCACAUCCGAACCCUCUUACAGAAGAAUGGGCCGUACACCCGCACUUCCCAGAACAAAAAAUUGCAGUUGGGGCUCAACUUCUAGAACGAAUCAAAAAGAAAUUAUGGAAGCUGUUAUCUAAUUCACUCGAUGUAUUUGCAUGGCAAACCUCUGAUAUGGUUGGAGUACCUCGGUGCUUGGCCGAACACAAGUUGAAGGUGUCGCAUUCGGUAAAACCGGUGGCUCAAAGAAAAAGAAAUAUGGCCCCAGCCCGAAACAAGGCUAUCUCCGAGGACGUGCGGAAGCUACUAAGUGCCGGAAUCAUCAGGGAAGUACGGUACCAGACAUGGGUCUCUAAUCCAGUAAUGGUAACAAAGAAAGAUAAGACUUGGAGAAUGUGCGUCGACUUCUCCGAUCUAAACAACGCUUGUCCGAAGGAUUGCUAUCCUUUGCCAGAGAUCGAUUUAAAAAUUGAUUCUCUUUCUCGUUUCCGCCUCAAAUGCUUUUUGGACGCAUAUAAAGGUUAUCACCAAAUCCAAAUGGCUUUGGAAGACGAAGACAAGACCGCGUUCAUAACAAACGAGGGCCUCUUCUGUUAUACUAAAAUGCCAUUCGGAUAA